AUGCGGACGGCGCGCUCGUCCAGCUGGCCGCCGCCGCCGCCGUCGCGCUUCGGUGAUGAGCUAACAGCCUCGCUGUCGUUGGACUCGCGGCCCGCCAAGGACAGAGGAACUACGUCGACGCGCGCUCCACAUGCAAAUGGAGAGGACGUGCUAACUGUCAUAGCGAGUAGCGUGGAAAUUCAGCUUGACAGUCUUGUGCCGUGCUCAUCAAAAUUUUGUUCAGUGCGUUUGCGGCUUUCUCCCGAGACCCGU